AUGGCCACCGAAAAGCCCAACGACCACGCCGGGCAUAUAGAGACAACCAUGUCCGGGUAUGACAGCCAGGGCGCGGAUAGAGACCAAGGCCUCAGUUCUGCGACGUCUGAAAAGGCCGCGGAGCGUGGCGAGGUUGCAACAAAUGAAUAUGGAGAAUCAAUGAUUCUGUUCGACCCGGUUGCUGAAAGGAAGCUUCGGCUAAAGAUUGAUUUAUAUAUUAUUCCGACCGUGGCCGUCCUGUACCUCUUUUGCUUCAUUGAUCGAACAAACAUGGCUUCAGUUGCCACGGCAUACGUCCACAACUUCGCCCAAAUGGCAGGCGUGCGGUUCCUCCUGGGUGUCUUUGAAGCCGGCAUGCUGCCAGGCUGCGCAUACUAUCUGUCAAGGUGGUAUCGCAGGUCAGAGCUUGCAUUCCGCUUGGCGCUUUAUAUCAUCAUGGCCCCCCUUGCCGGCGCGUUUGGCGGGCUUCUUGCCUCGGCGAUCCUGAAUCUGGACAGCUUUGCCAACUUGCACAGGUGGCGCAUGAUAUUUGCUAUUGAGGGCAUCAUCACCAUUGGUCUGGGCCUCGUUGCGCUCUUCACCCUCACGGACCGACCGGAGACGGCACGCUGGCUUACACCGGAAGAGAAAGAAAUGGCUACGGCUCGUGUCAAGUCGGAGCGGGUUGGCCAGACGGCCGUGUUGGAUAAAAUUGCCACGAAGAAGCUCGUUCGCGGAAUCCUCAGCCCCGUCACCCUGAGCACAUCAUUCAUCUUUCUUCUCAACAACAUCACCGUACAAAGCUUCGCCUUCUUUCUCCCGACUAUCGUCAGGACGAUUUACGGAUCAAAGAGUACCAUUCAGCAGCAGUUACUAACCGCGCCGCCGUACCUCGUAGGGGCCGUGUUCAUGAUUCCCUUCCCCCUGUUAAGCUGGCGAAUGGACCGGAGACAAAUCUUCAUCACGCUAUCGGCCCCAUUGGUCAUGGUCGGGUAUUGCAUGUUCCUCGGAUCCACGGCGUCGUCUGUCCGGUACGCAGCAACGUUUAUCAUCGCCAUGUCAACCUUUACCAAUGGAGCCAUGUGCAGUGCCCAGGUGUCUGCGAAUGUUGUCAGCGACACGGCCCGAAGCUCAGCCAUCGGAGCUAACGUGAUGUUUGGAAAUAUUGGAGGGCUGCUUAGCAGCUGGGCCUUCCUACCGUGGGACGCCCCGAAUUAUCACAUCGGCAACGGGCUGAAUCUGGCUGCCGCGGGCACGAUUUUUAUUGUCGCGUUGCUGACACACUUGUGGAUGAAGUCCGAUAACAAGAAACGCGCGACGCGCGAUGCUGAUGAGGAACUCAGAGGUCUGUCACAAGAGGAAAUCGAGGAUUUGGACUGGAAACAUCCAGCCUUCCGGUGGAAGCCUUGA